CGCGGGCUCCCGCGCACGAAUGCUCCGGCCUGCGGCGGUGAACGCGGCCGCGGCGCCCCUCGGGCUGGCGGAUCACCGGGUCGGGGGCCCGGAUGCUGUCAGUGGGCAGAUACCUGAUGCUCUGAGCAAGAUGGAGAGGGGGAAAAAUCCGACCUGGCAAGCACCCCGCGAUGCUGCGGGUCUGCCAGCAGAGGGGGUGGGAUUGUUUUUCAUGUCAUAGAUGAUGUUCGCGCGCGGAGCGUACACCCUGCUGUAAACUGCGGGUCACUGGAAAACAGCUUAUCGGGAUGAUCACGUUUAUCCCCGGCUUUGGAUUUUCUCUAAGCGUUUAUGUAUUGAUUUAUUAGGUUCAGACUUAGGCAGCAUAGAUAUUACUUUCAUCGUUUUAGCAUCAAUAUUUAUGGAGUAGCCACAGGUGCCUCCUCCUUUAGUAGGAGUUAAUUACACAUGUAUGGGCCAAAUAAACAACCAAUGGUUGAGUCUUCUGCUGUGUUGUCUUGCCCAAGUCCAGAACGUUCUUGGUUCAAUUCUUCAACCCCCAUUGACUGACACAGAUUAGAAAGGGACCUCGGGGUCCAGCCAGCUAUAUACAGACUUCAAUGAAUCCUUCUUCCGCUUCCAAAUGUCACUCCAUGGAUUCCUUUGGGCAACCCAGACCAGAAGAUAACCAGUCAGUAGUUAGCAGAAUGCAGAAGAAAUACUGGAAAACUAAACAAGUCUUUAUCAAAGCAACAGGAAAAAAGGAGGAUGAGCACGUGGUGGCAUCUGAUGCUGAACUGGAUGCUAAGCUCGAGGUUUUUCACUCCAUUCAAGAGACAUGCGCUGAACUUCUGAAGAUAGUUGAGAAAUACCAGCUAAGACUCAAUGUUAUAUCAGAGGAAGAAAAUGAGCUGGGAAUCUUUUUAAAGUCUCAAGCAGAACGAGAUCCGACCCCCGCUGGUAAAAUGAUGGAUGCUGCCGGCAAGGCCCUCUGUGCUUCAGCCAAGCAGAGAUUGGCCCUGUAUACUCCUCUGUCUCGUCUUAAGCAAGAAGUAACAACAUUCAGUCACAGGGCGGUAUCUGAUACCUUGAUGACAAUCAAUCGGAUGGAACAGGCGCGCACAGAAUACAGAGGAGCCCUGCUGUGGAUGAAGGACGUGUCCCAAGAGCUGGACCCAGACACCCUAAAACAAAUGGAAAAGUUCAGAAAAGUACAGAUCCAAGUGAGAAAUAGCAAAGCUUCUUUUGACAAGUUAAAGAUGGAUGUUUGUCAGAAAGUGGAUUUACUUGGAGCUAGUCGCUGCAAUAUGUUAUCUCACUCACUCACUACCUACCAGAGGACACUGCUUGGAUUCUGGGAGAAAACAGCUCGAUUGAUGUCCCAGAUCCAUGGGGCCUGUACUGGCUUCCAUCCAUAUGAUUUUGUAGCUGUCAAGCAACUACAGGACACUCCAAGCAAGUUUACUGAAGACCACAAAGAACAAAUAGAGAACAGUUCUCUCACUGAAAACCUCAAUAAGUUAGUUUUGUCAGAUGAGGAAGUGAGCUUGGGAAAUGAACCAGUAGCUGAAGGUUACAAGGAAAAGCAUUUUCAAAUAAGAGAGUUUGAAGCACCUCAGUUUUCUCAUUCUGAAAAUGUUGUAAAAGAUUUCCCGAUAGAUUCACUGGAAGAUGAUUUUGAGAAGGAAUUCUCAUUUCUCAACAACGUCCUAAGUCCUGGUUCUUCAAGUACUGGUGAAUUUACCCCAGAAUGCCAGACUGCCUUCGGGAGCCCUGGGGCCAGCUUCACGUCACGGGAGCCUGCUGUGGGGUCAGAGCCUCUUGCUCAUUCCUCACGAUUCCUUCCUUCACAGCUUUUUGACCUUGGCCUUCAUGCUGCUGGAGCUUUUAACAGCUGGGCCUCCCAAGAGGGAUUAGAAGUUCCCCUUCCACACACUGAUAACCAGCCAGUGCCUUCACAGAGUCCAAAGAAAUCAACAAAGUCUCCCAACAAUGGUAACCAAGACAUGUCAGCUUGGUUCAAUCUAUUUGCAGACUUGGAUCCACUUGCAAACCCUGAUGCUAUUGGACACUCAGAUGAUGAACUUCUCAAUGCCUGACUGAAAUUAUCUUGUCACUUCAGUGGCCUUGAGACAUCAAUUUUUCAACAUAUUGCCUUUGUGGAAAGGAGUUUAUAUUGUAACCCAUACACAAAAGCAUCGUGUUUGUGAAUCUAACAGUUUUCAGCCAACUUUAAAGAGAUGGUAAGGACUACAUUUGAAUAGAUUAAGUAUUUCUUUAAUAUCUUGGAUUUGCAGCUGUUGAUAAUAUGUGGAAAAUAUUAUGAGCCACUGAGUCUGAAAGAGAGACCAAAAUUUAUGUCAAAAUAAUAGCUAGAAGUACUUCUGUAAAUAAGGAAUUGGGCUUAUUUGGAAAGCCGUAUGUGUGUAAGUUACCUUGCUGGCUGUGACAGUUCCUUAUGUGGAUGAAGACAGCAUGUAAAUUGGGUUGUGAUUUGGGGGUGGUUUUUAAAUAAAACCGUAGCAGGGGGAGUUUUCUGUUGUGGAAAAUAGCACUAGAACCAGAACAGUUUUGUCUUUAGUUAGAAAAGUGGAGUAAGAUUUGAGAACUCAGUUCGCUUUAAUGAAAUCAGAGAAACUUGGUGCUUUUCUCCACUUGGAGGCUAAAAUGUAAUAUCACUUAGUUUUUUUCCUUCAUAGAAAAUCAUGGACACCCCUCAAUUCCAUUACUGAAUUUUCAAGGCAAAGUAGCAGGAUGAUGUGUUUGCUAAAUCUAUCUUCUGCAGAAACUCAUAAACCCAUCUCCUGAUCCCCAAGAAUGGCCAGUAAUAUUCAAGACAUUGUACAGGUGUCUUCAGCCUGGUUUCUCACAUGUUGCUACCACAGUGUCGAGCACUCACAUUCUUUCUGAAAAGCAAGCAAGGGAAGGACGACCCCUAAGCAACUGGCAAUAGUAUUCCUGUAAUUACCCAGAAACUUCUGUCUGAAUGAGGGAGAAAUUCUAAGCUUAUUCUUGUACAUAUUUGUAUACUUUAUUACCUAUUUCUUGACAUGAUUUAAUCCAGAUUUCUUUUCUGGCAGUCACAGAAGGCUCUACAUGAUCAAUCAGAAAGGGUCUUAUUUUUCCACUUUUCCCUUUCUGUGGGUGACGCCUUCUGAGGCUCUAUUUGAUUACUGAGAAAAAAUGAUUAUGCUUCCUGGAGGGAAGUUAGUCUAGGCCAGUGAACUCACAGCCACUGGAUAUACAUAUCACUUCAUUUCCUGUUCUUUUUUCUUGCCCAGCCUUCGGCUUUGAGGCAACUCUCCAGGUGUCUCUUUAUCACCCAGUCCAUUACAUCUCUAGAAGGGAACAUUUUAACGAAAGCGUUCACAAUAGUUUCCAUGUGUUCCUGGUUUUAAACAAACAGGCUUAUUUAUUGUAUACAAGAGAAUGGCUUGUAAUGUCUAAGUCACUCUAAAUAAACAUUGUUUGGAAGUGCAGCAGAGAGGGGAAAGUGCAGUCCACCUCCAAGCACAGCGCUCUGGGCGAGCUACCCCCGGAGCUGCCCGAGCCCUGCAGGAGGUCACGUGUGUGGGGCAGCAUCGCAUAGGCUGGAAAGACCUGAUCUGAGGAUCAGAAACACAGAUUCAGGAAAAGGGUAUGUAGUCUUUUCAUGCUUACUCUUGUUUCCUUAUUUGGUUAUACUUUCAGUCAGAAGCAUUUUUACCUCUUCCUUUUUAUUCAGUGAAGCUCUCCAGAAGAUUCAAUCACCAAGGGCUGUGACCACAAUCACAAUCUAAAUUCUGUACCUAUGGUGACUCUGUACUGUCAACUUUGAACACUUCAAACAUAAUGCUAACUUUGGAUCUCAAGUUUGCGCCAUUUUUCUUUCACUAAUACAUUAGUUCAAAAAUAUUUGUGUAUCUCCUUCACGUGCGUGCAAAGCAGUCCGUUAUCUCACAUAAACAAAGACGCCUGAACACCGAGGAAAACCACUUUCCAAGCCAGAAUCCCUACCAGUGUAUUCACGCUGCACUCAAUUUCCAAAGGAAAAAAGUCCUCAAAAAAAAAAAAAAAAAAA